UUGCUUAUUCUUUUAUUGUACCAGAUUGGAAACUGUGUUGGUGCAGCAAACCAUCGGCACUUUGUCAUUUUCCUCAUUUCAGCAAUCAUUAGCAUGGUUUACGCAUCCAUCAUGUCUGCCUAUGCAGCUUAUCAUGUUUGGCCACCAUUAAACAGCUGGCAAGUCCGACUUCUGAAUGGGGCAGUUGGUCAAAAGUUGCUUUUGAAAAUGUUAAGAGAAAUUUUUCUGGCAUUUGGCAGUUCUAUGUUGUUUCUACCAGCGAGAGGACUUGUUCUUGUUUACCUCUUUAUUGCUAGUGUCUCUAUCGAGAUAGGUUUAAGCGUGCUUUUGUGGCAGCAACUCUGUUUCAUAUAUGAAGGCAAGACAUACUUGAGUCAUAUAAGUGCAGCUGGAGGUGACAGUACUGCAGUAAAAGAUUGCCAAAAUUUCAUCCGAUUCUUUGGCUGCCCUUAUUAUACUACAACGAGGUUGUUGCCGAGCUUCUUCAGUUCUAAGAAGAGACACAAAAAAUGAAGCUUCAAAGAGGUGAAUCAAUUACUCCUUGUUUGCUCUUCAUACAUCAACAUAGAAUAUACAAGUCUCUUUAUUGAUUUUUUUAAGAGCCAUUAGUGUGCAGGAAGUUUUGAAUUCUCCCAAAUACUGAUUUAGUUUAUGGUAUCUAGUUGGGAAGUUUUCCCAUUUUUAUAAGCUGAAAUUUUUCUUAGAUCAUGUGCUUAUCUAAGAAAACACUGCGUUGGCACUGCCUUCAGAUUGAAACAUUUCCCCCUUGGGUCUCUUUUGGCAGUCUGCAACAUAAGAAUUAGAUAACAGUUGUGUUUCAUUUUUUUCAAAGAAUGUGUUCUUUGGGUGGAUUGGGAAGGAACUAAUUUGUUUUCGAACCUGGGACCUCAAAUUAAUUUUUUCUUAAUUCUUUA